AUGGCGAUUUGUAGUUCACUUCAUCUUUCUACUACCCUGCAAGCCUUAUUAAUCUUUGUUGUGCUUGCAGUACUCUUACGUGAUGUUCAUGGGCGACACCACUGUGAUACUUUCUCCUGUGGACAUCUCCAUAAUAUAUCACAUCCUUUCCGCCGGCAAGGGGAUCCACAUGGGUGCGGUGUUCAAUCAUAUGAGCUGGUUUGCACCGAGAACAAGCCCAAAAUUCAGAUCAACACAGCGACAUAUUUUGUCACUGAGAUCAACUACACCGAUUCGUCCUUCCGGGUCGUUGAUGUCAACUUGGACAUGAACAGCAGCUGCCCUCUUCCUCGCUGGGAUGAGCUUCCUUAUUUCAACGGGAUCCAAAGGUCAGACAAAGACCAGAGCUGGGAAUUGCUCCCUAUGUAUACAGACACAGUGGGUAGCUUUGUGAAUUGCUCGCAGGCGGUGUCACUAACAAAUGAAUUUUAUCAGUAUUCGUACACAUCGGUCCCUUGCCUGAGCAACAACCACUCUUUUGUUUAUAUAGUGACUGAUACUGUGCCUAUUGAAUACUUAGCGCCUUCUUGCGGGUACCUGGCCAUGUUUCUUUUGAGUGAUCCGGGUCCUGGUAACUACUACAAUUUCAGCCAUUAUGCAGAUUUUGUAAAACACCUGAGGCUUGGAUUCUCUGUUCGAUUCCCUCUGCUGGAUCCUCCAAUGAGCAUUAUUGGGCGAAUCAACUUCUGCCUCAACGAGUCGUUUCGCGACCGAAAUCAUGUUACAGGCAACAACAUCAAGAGUUGGACCAUGGACAUCCUUCUUAUGGACUUCAGUUUCUGGGCAUGCAUAUUUGGUGUAAAUUUAAAUAGUAACAAUAUGCUUCUGUACAUGAGGGUCAUGAUUCAUGAUGAUCAAUCAUUUCAUCAUGUUCUGCCCCCAGUAUUUGCUCUGGUGAUUGCGAAGUGGAUUGCUGUACUUUGCAGGAUCCUGCUAGCGCCCCUAGCAGUAUUGAUGUUCCUUGCCCAAAAGUACUGGAAAACAAGGAUCACAAUUGAUGCGGUUGAAAAGUUCCUCCAGAUGCAACAAAUGAUCGGGCCGACGAGGUACGCCUACACAGACAUCGUUGCAUUGACAAGCCACUUCAGAGACAAGCUGGGCCAAGGUGGUUAUGGCUCCGUCUUCAAGGGCGUGCUACUCCCAGGCAAUGUCAAUAUCGCUGUCAAGAUGCUUGAGGGCAGCUCCAACUGCAACGGAGAAGACUUCAUCAGUGAGGUCUCCACCAUCGGCAGGAUCCACCAUGUCAAUGUGGUCCGUCUCGUGGGGUUCUGCUCAGAGGAAAUGAGAAGGGCUCUUGUUUACGAAUACAUGCCUCGAGGUUCUCUUGACAAGUACAUCUUUUCAGCCCAGAAGAGUUUUUCUUGGGACAAGCUCAAUGAGAUUGCUUUGGGCACUGCCCGAGGGAUCAACUACCUGCAUCAGGGGUGCGAAAUGCAGAUUCUGCACUUCGACAUCAAGCCACACAACAUCCUUCUUGACAACAAUUUUGUCCCAAAAGUUGCUGAUUUUGGACUUGCCAAACUGUACCCAAGGGACAACAGUUUUGUGCCAUCUAAUGCCUUACGUGGGACUGUUGGGUACAUAGCUCCUGAGAUGAUAUCUCGGAGCUUUGGUACCAUAUCAAGCAAGUCUGAUGUUUACAGCUUCGGGAUGCUGCUUCUGGAGAUGGCCGGAGGAAGAAGGAACGCUGAUCCAAAUGCCGCGAACUCAAGCCAGUCUUAUUACCCAUCAUGGGUGUAUGACAAACUAACUGCACAAGAGGCGGAUGCUAUAUCUCUGGUUGCUGACAUGCAUGAGUUGGAGAGAAAGCUGUGCAUUGUUGGAUUAUGGUGCAUUCAGAUGAAGUCUCAUGACAGGCCGACAAUGAGCGAGGUCAUAGAGAUGCUGGAAGGUGGCUUCGAUGGCCUGCAAAUGCCUUCCAGGCCAUUCUUCUGCGACGACGAACACACCGCCGUUCCGGAUUCAUACCCUUUGCUAUCCGAGCUGACCGAGAUCUCAGCGGAGGAUGAGAUCUCGGAUUCUUAUGUUUCCCGGGUCCUGUGA